AUGGCCGAUGACAAUGGUAAUCAAUUGGGGACGGAACAGCAGCCUGUCCGACCAGAUCCUGCUGCUCAAGUCGGCAAGUCCAAAUCCAGGUUAAAGUCUAGAGACGGCACUACGGCAGCGAAACGACGAUGUGUCAGCACUGCGUGCAUUGCCUGCAGGAAAAGGAAAUCGAAGUGCGAUGGAAAUACACCUACCUGUGCUGCUUGCGCAUCCGUCUAUCAUACGCCAUGUAUAUACGACCCCAAUUCAGAUCACCGUCGGAAAGGAGUCUAUAAGCAAGACAUCGACAACUUGAAAAAUCGCAAUACCACCCUCCAGACACUGGUUCAGGCAAUCCUCAAUUAUGACGAAGCUGACGUGCCGGAACUCGUCCGACAAAUACGGUCAUGUGAGGAUUUAGAACAAGUAGCAGAUUCUAUUUUAGCGCGAGAAAAAACAUCAAGCAAGGCUGUCACCAGGGAUGUGGGUACAGACGACGAUAAUGGUCAAGUUACUGAAGUCCCCCAAUUCGAGUCUGAGCUGGCGGGGAAGAUGAGCGAGCUGAUAAUGGACGGGUCUGUGAGGUUUGUUGGAGGCACUUCGAAUUUGAUAUUUUUGCCCGCUGAGUUUUCCUUUGACGAGCCGGAUUCCUCUUCGCCUUCAUGGAGCAGAGCGAAGAUGCAGACGACGCCAUAA